AUGUCCGUACAAGGUACAUSGGCUGACCAUGUAGUUGUACAAGCAGUAGCUGAUGCAAUGAAUUUAAGGAUUAAUAUCAUUGAAUCCGAUGAGAAUUUUAGUGAAAUAACGAUAGUUGAACCAGCAACUACACUAUCAAAUCCCAGGUCGAUACAUAUAGGACACAUAGGUCAAAUGCAUUAUGUCUCGACAUGUCAAAUCAACAGUGUUGAUAGUAGUAUGACAGAUGAGUCUAAUGAAUCACAAAGAAAUGAUUUACAAACAGAAACGAUGAUUGAAAACAAUAAUCUAGUUAAAGAGUCAUCCAGUAAUGAAUGUACAAUUCAAAGCAAACCACUUCAUAAUUCUAAGAAUAGAAAUAGAAAGAUAUACAUGAAACAGUAUAUGCAAAAAUACAGACAAACCUGUACAUCUCCACAGAAAAAAGCAAAGAAAAAUGAAAAUCAAAGAAAUUAUCGUAAAGCUAAUGUAACUCCAGAGAAAAAAGCAAAACGAAAUGAAAAUCAAAGAAAUUAUCGUAAAGCUAAUGUAACUCCAGAGAAAAAAGCAAAACGAAAUGAAAAUCAAAGAAAUUAUCGUAAAGCUAAUGUAACUCCAGAGAAAAAAGCAAAACGAAAUGAAAAUCAAAGAAAUUAUCGUAAAGCUAAUGUAACUCCAGAGAAAAAAGCAAAACGAAAUGAAAAUCAAAGAAAUUAUCGUAAAGCUAAUGUAACUCCAGAGAAAAAAGCAAAACGAAAUGAAAAUCAAAGAAAUUAUCGUAAAGCUAAUGUAACUCCAGAGAAAAAAGCAAAACGAAAUGAAAAUCAAAGAAAUUAUCGUAAAGCUAAUGUAACUCCAGAGAAAAAAGCAAAACGAAAUGAAAAUCAAAGAAAUUAUCGUAAAGCUAAUGUAACUCCAGAGAAAAAAGCAAAACGAAAUGAAAAUCAAAGAAAUUAUCGUAAAGCUAAUGUAACUCCAGAGAAAAAAGCAAAACGAAAUGAAAAUCAAAGAAAUUAUCGUAAAGCUAAUGUAACUCCAGAGAAAAAAGCAAAACGAAAUGAAAAUCAAAGAAAUUAUCGUAAAGCUAAUGUAACUCCAGAGAAAAAAGCAAAACGAAAUGAAAAUCAAAGAAAUUAUCGUAAAGCUAAUGUAACUCCAGAGAAAAAAGCAAAACGAAAUGAAAAUCAAAGAAAUUAUCGUAAAGCUAAUGUAACUCCAGAGAAAAAAGCAAAACGAAAUGAAAAUCAAAGAAAUUAUCGUAAAGCUAAUGUAACUCCAGAGAAAAAAGCAAAACGAAAUGAAAAUCAAAGAAAUUAUCGUAAAGCUAAUGUAACUCCAGAGAAAAAAGCAAAACGAAAUGAAAAUCAAAGAAAUUAUCGUAAAGCUAAUGUAACUCCAGAGAAAAAAGCAAAACGAAAUGAAAAUCAAAGAAAUUAUCGUAAAGCUAAUGUAACUCCAGAGAAAAAAGCAAAACGAAAUGAAAAUCAAAGAAAUUAUCGUAAAGCUAAUGUAACUCCAGAGAAAAAAGCAAAACGAAAUGAAAAUCAAAGAAAUUAUCGUAAAGCUAAUGUAACUCCAGAGAAAAAAGCAAAACGAAAUGAAAAUCAAAGAAAUUAUCGUAAAGCUAAUGUANAAAGUUAUCCAUUUGUUAAAGYGCAAAAAACUUAG